GGACGGGAGUCCGCGUAUUGGAAUGCAGCCAUAGAUUUGCUAGACGGAGUGGGCGUGGUCUGAUCCUAUCUCAUUUCCUGGAUAUCACAGGUAUCCGGACACACCUGUACACAAGAACGUUGUCUUGGUCGAUGUACUUUUCCAGAGGAUUACACUAGAACUACACAGGCAUCUUAAACGGAUUCCAUCAACAGAUAGCACAUUUGAGAGGAAAGAAGCUUGAUAAAGGCUGGUCUUCGUGUGUGAGCUCCUUUCUGCUGAAGGAGGAUGACAAUUCCCCGGAUAAAAUGGUUAAGUCCAGGCCUACUUGCCAUGGUGGUGUGUUUUGAGAUUUUCUCUGUGACCACCAAAGCCCAGUCAUUUGGCGAGCAGUGUUUAACCAAAUUCACCCCAGGAAAAGCCAAUUUCGUCCUGGACGCGGAUGAGUCGGUGAAGGAGGGUGCUACUUUCAUCUCUGCUCCUCCGGUGACCGUCGCCAAAGACUGCGUCGUCUCGUGCUGUAAAGACCGACACUGCAACCUGGCGUUGAUGGAGAACGGAGACGCUGAAGGCUCCAUCAAGUCCUGCUAUCUGUUCAAUUGCUUAUACAAACAGAAAAAAGUCUGUCGCUUCGUCAGAAAGGACGGCUUUAAUAAUUAUGUUUUAACAGAAAUCUUCGGAAAUUACAUGGAUGAACACGAACAACCCGAGGAAGAUGACAAACCCCCAAUUGCCAAUCCUGGCCAGGACCGAGUCAUUCAGCCCCAGGAGGAAGUGACGCUGAACGGCAUCCAGAGCACCGAUGACCACGAGAUCGCAAGCUACCAGUGGACCAUGCUGUCGGGCCACCAAUAUACUGUUAUUGAGAAAACCACAUUUGAUGAUGAGGUGAGGGUGUCCAACUUGACCUCUGGGGUGUACAAGUUCCAGCUGACGGUCAUCGACUCCAUCGGCCAGUCCAACUCUGCCCAGAUCACCAUCCUGGUCCUCACGCCGGAGCAGUCCAACCACCACUGCUUGGUCCCCAAGAAGAUUGGGCCGUGCCGCGGCUCUUUCCCACGCUGGCACUACAAUGGCAUCUCGGAGCAGUGUGAGGAGUUCCUGUUUGGGGGGUGCAGGGAGAACUUCAACAACUACCUCACCAAGGCCGACUGCCAGGUCGCAUGUGACGGGGUGUCAGUCAUGCCACCUGAAGGAGGCCCUGUGGGAUCAGGCAGGAGAGUGACUCCGUCCGUCUCUGAGGCUGAGAGAUGUGGGGAACCAUGCAAAGCUGAUGAGUUCACCUGCACCAAUGGGUGUUGCCUGAAUCCAGGGCUAGAGUGUGACAAGACGCCCCAGUGCAGCGACGGUUCAGAUGAGGCGUCCUGCACCGAAUUGAGCAAAGGACUGAAGAGGCUUCUUGAGAUUCCAGUGGAUGAGAAGAAAGCACGUUGUGUUGAGCCCCCCGUUACUGGGCCGUGCCGGGCGAGCAUGACCAGAUGGUUCUAUGACCCGUACGAUAAGACCUGCUCUCGCUUCAACUACGGCGGCUGCAAGGGGAACGAAAACAACUUUGAAAGUGACGGCCAAUGCCUGGCGGUGUGCAGUGGAGUAACAAGUAAUGAUGUCUUUGCCCCAAGAGGAAAAUUUGAUCAGCUAGCGGAAGGUGAUGACAAAGGCCCUCUGAUCAUUGCGAUUGUGCUGGGCGUGGCUAUCCUAGUAGUGUUGGCGGUGUUGGCCUACUGCUGCCUGUGUGGCAAGAAGAAGAAGGCACCGCAGCACCAGCGCGUCGGCAUGAACGGCAAGCAGGUCGUCACACUGGAGGACACGGAGAAGCUGGUGUACAACAGCACCACCAAGCCCAUCUGACCUCCAACACCUCUGUGGAAAUUAAAGCCAUACUGUACCAUUUUCUUGGAAAUGGGCUCAUUUUACACCUCCCCUUCAGUUAAAUAAUUGAGUAUAUACCCUAAUUCCUGUACUUCCAGCAGUGCAAAUUUUACCUCCAAGCUAACGUAUAUCAUUGAAUCUUCUGGGUCCAGCUAGCGGUUAGCUGCACCCAUAAGAUACAGUGAUAAUUGUUAGCUUGUAACUAGAAGUAGCAUCAACGGACUAUGUUGAGAACGGCUGAAAGAUCAGGAAAAAAGGUCGAACUCAAUUAUUUAACUGAAAUAGCACUGUACAAUAAUCUUAUUUCCAGAGAUUAUACAGUGUCGCUUUAAACUGCCUUUGAGGAACCUUCAAUUUUGUACAGAGUAUAAGGAUGGCCCAGGUCUGCAGCAGUAUUGACGAGGCACUUUCUAUGCCACCACCUGUGUAGCCUACCUGUUGUUUUUGUUAUUCUCUGUCUGUCUUUUUCUCUUUCAAUGAUAUCUCGCCCCCAUGGAUUUCCUGUUAGCAAGUGUAACUGUCUCGGUGUGAGGUAUUUUGCUAAUUGUUUUUUUACAGGGUUCUUUCACAAUCAUUUCUUUUCCUUCAUGAAAUGUCCUGCUGCAAGAGAGUGUGGCCAGAAGAUAGCAUGGUGACAUUGUAUUUUUUUAAAUAUUAUUUUAGAAGACCUGUUGUAUGUUUGGUCACCCUUCUGUUUAUGAUGUUAAUAUUUUAUUAAGAUGGAUAUAUCUUUCAAACUGUGGAACAAAUCUUAGUUGUGGUCUUUAGUGGUUUCUUUUUUACAGGAAGUCUUUUAAGCUGUCAUUUGACAUUGUACUUUCAUUUGUCUUUCAGAUUGUGCUCAGCAACUUCCAUCUCAGGAAUGAAAUAUAUAAUCUGUGGUUAUAGCUUUCAAUACAAACUUGUAGAUCACUUUUAAUCUUUUGAUGCCUAAAACGCCUGCAAAAAAUGCCUGUCAAUUGCCAAAGCCAUUUUUGGGUAAAGAUUGUCAGCCUAUAAAAACCUAAAUAUCUCCUAAAUAGCUGAGAAGCACAUGAAAUACUAUGUAUUUAAAAGCUAGAACCCUCAUCUCAGCUCUAACAUACUAGCAUUUUUUUAUUUUAAAUAUCUCAAAUUUCAUGAGACUAAAGCUGCAUCAUGCAGUUCCCAGCGGUAGGGUAAAUGUUGUGCUCUGCAGCAUCCGGCAUCAAUGGGUUAAAACUGUCACCUGGCAGAGUAUGAGCUCCAAUGACAUUAACUAGUUCAGAGACAAAAUCUUUGACAGAAAACUGUCUUUGUAAAUAUGUGUGUCUUUUGUAAAGUAAUACUGUAUACCUUGUCCUUUUUUAAUGCUCAACGUGUUCUUAUCUUUGUUGUGCCGUGAUUAUGAAAUAAGAACAACACAUGGGCGUGCGUGGCGAUUGGGUUUCUUUAAGUUUGUUGUUGUGUGUAAAAAGUGUUGUUGUAAGCCCUUUCCCCACCCUGUUUCUUUUCACAUUUGUAUAUAGUUUGUGUUAUGUUUUAAAUGACAACUGCAAUACAAGCUUACCACCAUGGUUGAGGUUCAAUAAAAUGUGAAAAAUGUA